AUGCCCCGCCGUCUAGGGCCAGGCGGCUGCCGUAAAGCGGUUCGCUCGGUGGUCGCGGCGGCGGCAUCUUCAGGCCAGGCCGCGGGGGGAGGGGGCGGACUGGAGGCAGUGGCGGGGUCAGCACCGGCCACCGCAAGCGGGGCCAUGGAGCCCAGGGAGUCGGGGAAGGCUCCUGUGACGUUUGAUGACAUCACUGUAUACUUGCUUCAGGAAGAAUGGAUGCUGCUGAGUCAGCAACAGAGGAAGAUCUGUGGUUCUGACAAGCUGGUGGCACCACUAGGACCGACUAUUGCCAACCCAGAGCUGUUCUAUAAGUUUGAGCAAGGGCCAGAGCCAUGGCUAGGAAAUGUCCAGGGCCAGAGGAAUGUCCUGAGCCACCACCCAGGGAAAAACAAGAUGGGCUGCAUGGAAGAAAGGGACUCACGAAGUCCUGCCAGAGAAGCCGGACUAGAUCUGCCCCCACAGAAGAAAGCCUGUCUUUCCCACUUCAGCACAGAGCAUGGCAACAUUGAGGUAGACUGUACAGGGAAAAGCAAAAAACCCUCGAAGCCCCGCUCUAUCCAGAAGUCUUGGUUUGCGCAGUUCCCAUGGCUGGUCAUGAAUGAGGAGCAGACGGCUCUCUUUUGCUCUGCUUGCCGCGAAUACCCAUCUGUCAGGGACAAACGGUCAAGAUUAAUAGAAGGUUAUACAGGACCAUUCAAGGUGGAGACUCUCAAAUACCACGCCAAGAGCAAAGCUCACCUGUUCUGUGUCAAUGCCUUGGCGGCACGGGACCCCAUCUGGGCGGACCGUUUCCAAAGCGUCCGAGAGGAAUCUGGAGAUGUCCUGGCCAGCCCUGAGCACCUCUUUACGGCAGACUAUCCCAUAUUGUACCCCCCGGGGCCUCUGGGAGCCUAUGAUAACAUGACCCAGCUCCUGCCCAGCCCAAGAGCUGACCUGGAGGACCCUGGGGGGAAUGGAGCAUUUCCUACAUUGUAUCUGGACUGCAUUUCUGAGUUGAGGGAAAAAGAAACUGCUGAUGAUAGCCACAGGUCAUCAGAUGUCAACAUUUUGCGUGAUGCUGCUGAACCCGGCGGCCAGGAUCCUUCUGAAGAGGGGCUGUUUGAGGAGGUUCCUGUGGUGUUUGAGGAGCUCCCGGUGGUGUUUGAGGAUGUGGCGGUGUAUUUCACCCGGGAGGAGUGGGGCAUGCUAGUCAAGCGGCAGAAGGAGCUGUACAGAGACGUGAUGCGGAUGAAUUAUGAGCUGUUGGCUUCCCUGGGGCCUGCUGCUGCCAAACCAGACUUGAUCUCAAAACUGGAACGUCGAGCUGCACCCUGGAUCAAGGACCCAAACGGGCCAAAGUGGGGGAAAGGUCGUCCUCCAGGGAAGAAGAAGAUGGUGGCCCUAGGAGAGGCAGACACACAAGCCUUGGCUGUAGAAUCUGCAGUGCUUCCAGCAACUUCUCUGGAGACCUGUAGCUCCUACUGCAAUUCCAGCCUUUGGGAAGUCGAAAUAGAUGGCCCUAGGAAAAUCAAGAGAACUUACAGACCCCGUUCCAUUCAGAGGUCAUGGUUUGGGCAGUUCCCAUGGUUAGUAGUUGACCCAAAGGAGACCAAGCUCUUCUGCUCAGCUUGCAAAGAAAGACCGAAUCUCCACGACAAAUCGUCCCGGUUAGUCCGAGGUUACACGGGGCCUUUUAAAGUGGAGACUUUAAAAUACCAUGAGGUUAGCAAAGCACACAAGCUCUGUGUCAACACUGUUGAGAUCAAGGAAGAUGCCCCUCCGGCUGCCCUGGUCCCAGAGAUCUCCAGCGACCUGAUGGCGAACAUGGAACACUUCUUCAACGCCGCCUACUCCAUUGCGUACCACUCGAGGCCUCUGAAUGACUUUGAGAAGAUCCUGCAACUCCUCCAAAGCACCGGGACCAUGAUUUUGGGCAAGUACCGAAAUCGCACCGCAUGCACUCAGUUCAUCAAGUACAUCUCUGAGACCCUGAAGAAGGAGAUCCUCGAGGAUGUCCGGAACUCCCCUUGUGUGAGCGUGUUGCUGGACAGCUCCACAGACGCCUCGGACCAGUCCUGUGUGGGGAUUUACCUCCGCUACUUUAAGGGGAUAGAUGUGAAAGAGUCCUACAUCACCUUGGCCCCUCUCUACAGUGAGACGGUGGAUGGCUACUUUGAGACUAUCAUCUCUGCCCUGGAUGAGCUGGACAUCCCCUUCCGGAAGCCCGGUUGGGUGGUGGGCCUGGGAACCGACGGCUCCACCACGCUGAGCUGCAGAGGAGGCCUCGUGGAAAAGUUCCAAGAGGUCAUCCCCCAGCUGCUGCCCGUCCACUGUGUUGCCCACCGGCUGCACCUAGCUGUGGUAGACGCAUGUGGGGGCAUCGAUCUGGUGAAGAAGUGUGACCGGCACAUUCGAACGGUCUUCAAGUUUUAUCAGUCCUCAAACAAAAGGCUGAAUGAGCUGCAGGAAGGCGCGGCUCCCCUGGAGCAGGAGAUCAUCCGCCUCAAGGACCUGAAUGCCAUCAGGUGGGUGGCCAGCAAGAGGCGCACACUGAAUGCGCUCAUCGUGAGCUGGCCUGCCCUGGCCCGGCACCUCCAGGGCGUGGCGGAGGCUGGGGGCCAGACUGGGCACAGGGCCAAAGGCAUGCUGAAGCUGAUGAAGAGCUUCCAUUUCGUCAAGUUCUGCCACUUCCUUUUGGACUUCCUGAGCAUCUACAGGCCUCUGUCUGAGGUGUGCCAGAAGGAGAUCGUGCUGAUUACAGAGGUGAACUCCACGCUGGGACGGGCCUACGUAGCCCUGGAGACCCUCCGUCACCAGGCGGGGCCCAAAGAGGAAGAGUUCAAUGCCGGCUUCCGGGAUGGGCGGCUCCACGGCAUCUUCCUGGACAGAAUGGAGAUGGCGGAACAGCGCUUCCGGGUGGACCGGGAAAGGAUGAUCCUGACUGGGAUCGAGUACCUCCAGCAGAGGUUUGACACGGCCCGGCCCCCACAGCUCAAGAACAUGGAGGUGUUUGACACCACGGCCUGGCCAAGUGGGAUGGAACUGGCCAGUUUUGGGAAUGAGGAUAUUCUUGCCCUGGCCAGAUACUUUGAGCUCUCCCUCCCUGCAGGGUACAGCGAGGAGGCGCUCCUGGAGGAGUGGCUGGGCCUGAAGGCCAUGGGCAGGAACCUCCCGUUCUCCAUGCUGUGUAAGAACGCCCUGGCCCAGCACUACCGCUUCCCGCUGCUGAGCAGGCUCGUGGCGGUGGUGGUGUGCGUGCCCGUCUCCGCCUCCUGCUGUGAGCGGGGCUUCAGCGCCAUGAACCGGAUCAGGACUGACGAGAGGACCAAACUCUCCAACGAGGUGGUCAACAUGCUCAUGAUGACAGCGGUGAACGGGGUGGCAGUCACGGAGUACGACCCCCAGCCUGCCAUCCAGCGCUGGUACCUGACCUCCUCGGGCCGGCGGUUCAGCCACGUCUACGCGUGUGCCCAAGGGCCGCCCCGUGCCCAGGCCCGUAAGAGCAGGGCUCAGGAAGGAGAAGAUGGGGGCGCUCUAUAUGGAGGAGGCUGUGCCCCGAAAGCCACCCAUUCCAUCCUACAGGGAGCCAGUGGAGCUCCUGAAGGACUGCGUCAUGGACCCUCCCGACAGACUCCUAUACCGCCAUACCAGCCAAGAGGCCCCUGAGCUGUCCUGACAGAGAGCUCCCGUAGGAGCAGGAUUCCUGGGGAUCGCCUUGGAGACCCCCUGCUGCCCUGCCCCUUGGAAUCAUGGUGACAG